CCUCUCCCCUCAGAUGCUCCCAGGGUCUCUCCAGACGAUGUAGCACUUAUAUUCCUGCUUUCCAGCAUGGCACAGAUCCAUCUGCAUAUUGCAGGCUCAAUGCCAUGCCUUUCAGCAGCAUGUUUUAUUGUAUCAAAGGAGGUUCUGUCAAAGGCUCCCUCUUUGUCAAGGAAUGCUCCAAGGGCAAUAUCCUUGUGUUCAGUAGCAUUCUCUAUGCGUGUUACUGCAUUAUGCAAUUCAGUUUCGGUAGAUUUACCUAUUUGGUAAGCAUGUUGGUUUUGGUGCAGAGAAUGAAUCUUCAAUGCACCGUCCCUAAUGUGUCUACUACUUUCUCCAUCGUUUUCAAAAGGAAAGACGACAGGCUGAUAAGACGAUAAGCCUUAGCCUCGGUAUAAUCAAGUUUCCUGGGCUUUGGUAUAAAUGUCACUUUGAUUUGCCUCCAGGCCCUAGGGAUAAACCCAUGUGCCAUGCAGGCUCUGAAUAUGCGGCAUAGGUGUGGGACUAAAUGUUCCGCCCCUUGCUGCAGAAGUGCCGGUACAAUCCAAUCUGUUCCUGCAGACUUAAAUGGUUUGAAGAUGUUGGCAAAGGAGGAUGUUCACACCAGUCCAUGAAUCAUGUCAGCGCUCCACAAAAUUGGGACUAUGUAACCUUGAUGGAUGGCCAGCAAUUGUCAUAUGUGCAGGCACCUGCAUUACAAAUUACCAGCAUACUGAGGGACAGUUAUGGUGUUGCCAAUGGAACAGAGGAUAGAAACAGUCCUGUGGCAGCAUUCGAGCAAGCUUCUGUUUCCACAGAAAUUGGCUGUUAUCUGAUGAACUAUUUUUCAGCACCACCACUGAAGAAACUGAGAAUCACCAGUCUACUAGCAAUGAGCGCCCAACCCCCAAAAGCUUCAUCCCAAAACGACACAAUUUAUAACAGGAUAUGAAGGGAAAGAUAUACCUUAGGUAUCUACAGACAUUUUUACCUCAAGCAAACUGCUAUAUAUUUGUUAACAUACCAAGAGAUGGCAGCAGAAGUUGAAGAAAGAUUGUGUAGUCAUCACCUAAGGUUGGCUGAGGAACUGUCAAUCAAUGUAGCCCACUGCCAAAGUUGUGAAUGAUCAAUUGGAAGCAAAACAUCCUGGGUGUACAAGCAGCUGAUGAUACAGUGUCUGCAGGAUAUAAAGUUAUGUACUAUCGUUUACUGCUUGAUCACUGGGAUCUUGGGUUCAAAGCCCACUUGGAGCAUGGAUUUUUAUGUACUGUGGGAGUUGUGUAGUUUAUAUAUCAGUAGACUGAUGGCAACAAUGCAUUUUCAACCUAAUUUGUAGCUUAUGACUCCGUCCUAAGUGCAAACUAUAUUUAUAGGUUUUUCAUCUUCUUCUCUAUACACUACAUGUUUCGGCCCCA